UUUCCCUUGAUUGUAUGGUCUUUCAACUGUUAUUGGUCCGAUGCUUUUGUCCGAGGGAAGUAAAGCCCGGUUUCCAUAGCCCUUAUUAUUGGUGCUAAGUCCGGCCCGGAGAUGAUCACCUCUAGGUCAGAUGGACUAUGAUUUCAGGGGCCAGGUCCUACUAAACUCCUUUCUGAAGUGGAGCAGGAGCAACCGACCAAGGAAACAAUCUCGCAACACAACCUCAGUAUGCGAGACAGUGGCUAGCUGAGCUUGGGAGUGCGAUGAGCAGGAAAUUUUUGUUACGAUUCGGUGGAAGGUCCCUUCUUUCUUCGUCUUGCUUCGCUAAGACCACAUUCCGUGCUGGACCUAUACAAAUCACGACAGUAUCGAGUUCUCAGAGUUCAUCCUCUUCCUCGUCUCUCCGUUUGCUUCGAUUUCCGACCACGCCCACUUCCUCUAUUCCUUCCUCUGUUACUUUUCGAACUUUAGCAACCAAAUCAUCAGCUGACAGUGAAGAAAGUGAUAGCGGCGGUAUAGACCCAGACCAAGAUGAAGCUUUGGAAGAUGGUGACAUCACAGAUGGAUGGGAGGAAGAGGAUGAUGCUGACCCACAGAUUGGUGAUGGAGGGGAUGGGGGUGGCAUUGUAUUGAGAGAUGUUCCAUGGGGUAAACGGGUUCUAUCUAUUGCCCAUGAAAUCCUGCUUCAAUUCAGUGAAGAUAUGAAGCUAUUCUCCUUCAAGACUUCUCCUCGAGGGUACAUUUAUGUCAGACUUGAUAAGCUUUCAAACAAAUACGGGUGUCCUAGCAUGGAAGAAAUAGAAAAUUAUAGUUGCCUUUACAAGAAACGAUUAGAGGAGGUGGGACAAACCGGAGAAAUACCUGAUGAUUUAGCUCUUGAGGUGUCUUCACCUGGGGCAGAACGAUUACUGAAGGUACCAGAGGACUUGGAACGAUUCAAAAAUAUGCCCAUGAGGGUAUGCUACGUGGAAGACCACGUGGAGCCAAGAUGCCCAGAAAAGGAUGAUGUUUUCCUGCUGGAAUCUAUAGAAGCUGAAACAGAGUUUUGUGUUUGGAAAUUGGCAGAUGUGAAGGAGAAUCAUGGCCUACUCGGUAAAGGAAGGCCAUUGAGCCGAAAGCAGAAAGAUUGGAGAUUAAGAUUGCCAUUUUCAAUGUUGAGAAAGGUGACACUGUAUCUUGAAUACUGACUUGUUAAACUCCCAACCAUGUUUGAAUUGAAUGAAAAAAAAAGAAUGUAUUGUUCUUAA